AUGGCCACCGCUACCUCAUCGGCGGCCUCGACCGCCAAGCACGCCGCCCUCCGCCGCACUUUGACCUCGAGCGCCACCGACUUUGACGUCUCGGUCCCUUCCACGGCCCAACAGUCUCCCGUCGACUCGCCGCGCCCUUCGGCCUCGUCGACCUCCCUCUCCUCGCUCUCGUCCAUGGACGACAUCAGCGCCAAGCCCACCGACAGCAAGGCCGAGUACGGCAAGCUCGUCGACACCUACGGCAACGAGUUCAAGGUCCCCGACUUCACCAUCAAGGACAUCCGUGACGCCAUCCCCAAGCACUGCUUCGAGCGGUCCGGCGCCCGCGGCCUCGCCUAUGUCUUCCGCGACAUGGUCUACCUCGCCGUCACCUUUUACGGCUUCCACACCUACAACACCCCCGCGUACGUCCCCAACGUCGUCGCUCGCGGCGCCCUGUGGUUCCUGUACAGCAUCAUGCAGGGUCUGUUCGCCACGGGCCUCUGGGUCCUGGCCCACGAGUGCGGCCACGGUGCCUUCUCGCCCUCCAAGACCUUCAACAACGCCGUCGGCUGGGUCCUGCACUCGGCCCUGCUCGUCCCCUACUUCAGCUGGCAGAUGUCGCACAGCAAGCACCACAAGGCCACCGGCAACAUGGAGCGCGACAUGGUCUUUUUGCCCCGCACGCGCGAGGAGCACGCCACGCGCCUGGGCAAGCUCGUGCACGAGCUGUCGGAGCUGACCGAGGAGACCCCCAUCUACACCUUCACCACCCUGCUCCUGCAGCAGCUGGUCGGCUGGCCCAACUACCUGCUGACCAACGUCACGGGCCACAACUACCACGAGGGCCAGCGCGAGGGCCGCGGCAAGGGCAAGAAGAACGGCUGGGGCACCGGUGUCAACCACUUCAACCCCAGCAGCCCGCUGUACGACAACAAAGACGCCGGCCUGGUCGUCCUGAGCGACAUUGGUCUCGGCCUCGCCAUCACCGCGCUCGUCCUGCUCGGCAACACGUUCGGCUGGGCCAACCUGGCCGUCUGGUACGGCCUGCCCUACCUGUGGGUCAACCACUGGCUCGUCGCCAUCACCUACCUGCAGCACACCGACCCCUCGCUGCCGCACUACACCCCGGCCGAGUGGAACUUUGUGCGCGGCGCCGCGGCCACCAUCGACCGCGAGUUUGGCUUCGUCGGCCGCCACCUGCUGCACGGCAUCAUCGAGACGCACGUCCUGCACCACUAUGUCAGCACCAUCCCCUUCUACCACGCCGACGAGGCGUCCGAGGCCAUCCGCCCCGUCAUGGGCCAGCACUACCGCGCCGACGUCGAGGGCGGCUCGCUGGGCUUCCUCAAGGCCAUGUACACGAGCGCGCGCAUGUGCCAGUGGGUCGAGCCGAGCGCCGAGGCCACAGAGAAGGGCAAGAACAUCCUGUUCUUCCGCAACCACAACGGCCUGGGCACCAAGCCCAUCAAGAUGGCGCCCCCUUCGUAG